UAAAACAUGAUGUCUUCAUCAGCUUUAGAGGCACCGAUGUUCGGCGUGGUCUGCUUAGCCAUUUGAUAAAGGAAUUACGCCGCAAGGGGAUUGAUGUCUAUGUGGAUGACAGACUUGAGAGAGGAGAUGAAAUAUCAUCCACACUUCUCAGAGCAAUUGAAGGAUCACAGAUUUUAUUGGUCAUAUUCUCUAAAGACUAUGCUUCUUCAAAGUGGUGCUUGGAAGAGCUUGCCAAAAUGAUUGAAUGCAAGGAAACAAAUGAACAAAUCUUAAUUCCUGUUUUCUACAAUGUUGAUCCAUCUUAUGUGCGGCACCAACGUGGAGAAUACGGAGAUGCCUUAGCUAAACAUGAAGAAAAUUUCAAGGAGGCACAAAGUUUGAGAUCUGCUUUGAAGAAAGCGAGUUUAUUAUCAGGGUUUCAUUAUCCCAAGAAUUUUGAGAAUGAAUCUGAUCUCGUUGAUGAAAUUGUGGAAGAUGUUUUGGAAAAACUAAUCAAGUUUUGCCCAAGUGAAUCAAAUGGUCUUGUUGGAAUUGAUCAAAAUAUUGCACAGAUUCAAUCCUUAUUGAUACUGGAUUCAAGAGAAGUUAUAUUUCUUGGAAUUUGGGGCAUGGUUGGCAUAGGUAAGACAGCCAUUGCUCGUGCUGUAUUUGAUAAAUAUUCUCCUCAAUAUGAUGGUUGCUGCUUCUUGAAUGUAAGAGAAGAAUUGGAACAAUGUGGAUUGAGUUUUUUACGUGUAAAACUUCUUUCUGAACUAUUGGAUGGAGAAAAUCUACGUAGAAAUGGCACAAGCAAAGCAAGAUAUGUUGAGAAAAGGUUGAGUCGGAAAAAAGUUUUCAUUGUGCUGGAUGAUGUGCAUAGUUCAGAACAACUAAAAUAUCUGGUUGGUGAAUCAGUUUGCUUUGGACCAGGGAGUAGAGUGAUCGUAACAAGUAGAGAUAAGCAUGAACUUGUUAGUGGAGGAGUUCAUCAAAUACAUGAGGUCAAGGAAAUGGACUUUCAAGAUUCCCUUAAACUCUUCUGCUUAAAUGCCUUCAAUGAAAGCCAGCCCAAAAUGGGAUAUGAAAAGCUAUCUAAAAAAGUAGUUGAUUAUGCCAAGGGCAAUCCAUUAGCUUUAAAAGUUUUGGGUUCAGAUUUCCAUUCCAGAAGUGAAGAUACAUGGAAGUGUGCACUAAGAAAACUCAAGAAGUAUCCCAAUGAGAAAAUUCAAAGUCUGUUGAGAUUCAGUUAUGAUGGACUACAUGAAGUAGAGAAAAAUGCUUUUCUAGAUAUUGCAUUCUUUUUCAAAGAAGAAGACAAAGAUUAUGUCAUAAGGCUCCUAGAUGCUUGGGGUUUCUAUGGAGCUAGUGGAAUAGAGGCUCUCCAACGGAAAGCUCUUAUAACUAUUUCAAAUGACAAUAGAAUACAAAUGCAUGAUUGGAUACAAGAAAUGGGUUGUGAAAUAGUUCGUCAAGAAUCUAUCAAAUAUCCUGAAAGACGCAGCCGAUUGAGGGAUAACGAGGAGGUCUAUGCUGUAUUGAGAAAUAACCAGGGAACUGAUGAGAUGGAGGCCAUCCAAAUAGAUGUUUCUCAAAUUAGAGAUUUAACCUUGAGUAUUGACACUUUUCGAAAGAUGCGUCGUCUAAGAUUUCUCAAACUUUAUUACCCUUUGCAUGUUGAGCUUUCUAUGCCGCCAAGCCACAAUCAUCCAUAUAUUUUGUCUCUCCAACAACAAGUUGCUUUGAUUCUAUCUGGGUGCAAAGAACUCAUGAGCAUUGGAAGUGAGAUUCAUAUAAAAUGUCUUCAUUACCUUCUUAUCGAUGGAUGCUCAGGUUCCAAGGAAUCUUCAGUGUUACCAAAGGAAAUAAGGCAGCAAAACUUAACAAACCCUGGAAUGGACAUGUUGAACUCAUCCAUUGGGCACCUCAACAAUAUUGAAUGGUCAGAUAGGAAUGGUAUACAAUUUAAGAAUCUACCCAACGAGUUAUUUUGCAUGAGAUCAGUGUAUUACCUAAGGCAUUCUAAGAGCAGAGGACAAGACAGUGGGAAACCCAAGCUACAUAUUCUAUUUGAUGGGUUAAGCUAUUCUCAACGUAUAUCUUUGAAAGAGUUGUAUGACUUACGUGAACUAGCACUUCCUCAGAAUAUCAGUGCUUUUUCUUCUAGAAAAUCGACACUUGAUGGAAGCAUCGUGGAGAGCUUGCCUCGGUUCAUCAUUCAAUCGCUGGAUGCUUUGUUAAAUGAAAGCUACAAGGUCUUUCGCUAACUUGUGUGAGCUCACUCCUACAUCACUGUCUUCAUCCGAGUUAUGAAUUAGGCCUAGAGAAUGGUAAAGUUUACGUUGCACCGUUCAAAAUGAGGUAUUACCUAUGGAACAUGUGACAUUGGCCAAAUAAUAGAUAUAUUA